AUGACGUCGAGCCCUACAUCGGGGAUGCGCCUCUCCCUCUCCUUCGUGCUCGUCGCCACGCUUCUCGUCGUCGGCGUGUCCGCUCGCCCAGCCAACGACUGGUCCAAGCCCUGCUUCAACGGCGAAUGCGCGUACGACUUGCCCGAGCAUAGCAACUCGGGCUUGGGCGCUCUCAAGAUCGCUGGCUCACCAAAGUCGAUCACCGACAUCACCUCCGCAGCGGGCUGGGUCGUCCUCGACUGCGACCCCCACUCGCUCGAGCAGGAAAUCCGUCUCGUCUGCCAAUCCGACGACGACGUCGACGACACCGCCUGCAAUCAUGUCUUCGACCACUGGGGCCCAGAAGACAAGAUUGUCAGGUUGCCCGAGAGUUGCGGUGCGGGACCCUUUGCGCGUAUCGCAGCGGCCUCUCUGGCUGCGAACCAAGACCUUCCCGCCCACGCCGAAGGCAAAGUGGUGCGACGAAGCGGCAUCCCGCCAGUCAUCCACUCCUUCAAGAUCGACACCAACUUUGAUCUGGUCGACGUAGAGAAAGUCGGACCUAUCAACUUCGCUUUCGUCGGUCUCACUGCUCCCUCUCCCGCGGAAGCAUUCGCCCACCCAGACAUCGACCUCAACUUCGACUUCGUCGACGGGUGGUUCGACGACGUCUUCAAAUCCGUCGGCAGCUGGAACGCCACCCACUUCCAGUUCGAGCCCACCGUCGAGAUCGCGCCCGUCAAGUUCGAGGGCCACACGAAUCUGAUCGACUACAAGCCGACGGGGUGUCCCGGCGGCGGCGGCGCGGUGACCGGGGGCGUGAUUGCUGGGGAGCUGAAGGUGGAUGUGACGGGCACGGGAGGGGGCAAUGUGAAAGCGGGCGUCAUCGUCGAUGGGUCGAUCGUGCCGCCGAAGAUCAAGGAUUUUGCGGCGUUCGCGGGGCUUUCAUUCGACGUCGACGCUUCGGUGACCAUCAAGGCUGCAGUAUUUGGUGGAUACGACUCUGGGAGAAAGCCCAUCAUCAAGCCCUUGGGCCUCCCUGGGUUCAGCAUUCCAGGUGUUCUCACCAUCGGGCCAAUGAUCGAGCUCCAAGGCCAGGCAAAGGCGUUUUUGGACCUGAAGAUCGAUUCGGUCGUGCAUCUCGCGUACAAGGUUGACAACCUGGAACUUUGGUACCCUGCGUCGAAGAAGAAAUCCACGGAGAAGGGCAUUCAUACCAAGCCGUCGCCUCUCAAGCUCAAAGCCAAAGCCAAAGCCAGCGCGAAAGGUUACAUCGAAGGACAUCUUGUCCCCAUCCUCAAACUCGGUGUAGAAGCCCUCGGCGGGAAGGCUGGCGCUGAUGUGUACCUCGAAGCCGACGCAUUCGCCCGCGUCAGCGUCCAGGCCGAAGCCCACGCAACCGCGACCGCCAAAGUCGGUGGCGCCCCCGCCGCCCCCGCCCCCGCGCGCCCGAAGAAGGGCAAGCGCGAGGCGUACGUCCCGCCCUACAGCCACCAAGCGCGCAACGAGCUCGCGGUCUUCGACAAGCGCGCCACCGACGUCGACGUCCACGCCGCCGCCAAGGGCGGGUUCAGCGGGUGUGUCUGGCUCGAUGCGGGGCUGGAGCUCAACUACGGCGCGAAAGCGAAUGUGGGCGAUUUGUGGAAGGUCGAUGAGCAUGGGUCGUUGUGGAAGAGCCCCAUUUGGCCGGUCUGGUCGGGUUGCUUCGCCGCCGGCACGAAAUCCGCCGGAAAGGUCACCGCGAAAUCUACAUGGGACCCCAAAACCCUCGACGCCAAGUUCAAGGAGAACAAGUUGACUUGCGACGCGGAUGCGGGCGACCUGGAGGCAAUGCCGGAUGAGACACUUGCAUCCAAGACGUAA